GUGGUAAACACUAUGUUGGGAACCAGAUUCUGUUUGGCUCAUCUUGCGGAAGAAAAUGGAGAACCCUGUGAAAAUAAAGAAGCAAGCAGAGGUGGUGAAACUGAAGCCAAUAGAAGCAACAAAAGAAAGCUUUGCGGAAUUUGGACAAGUGAUUGAAGCUUCACCUGAUGGCGAAGAGUUUGGCCCUCAAGACGCUCAGCUAGACCUCAGCCAUGGCUUACCAAGGUUCUACAUCAUGCGUCUGGAAGACAGACCAUUGAAGUUCUCAACAAUUACACAUCAUGCAGGUGUGACUCAGUGCCUUGGCUCAAUUGGUGGCCAUGUUUGGUAUCUAGGAGUAGCUAAGCCCUCCAUUGUUGAUUCAAAUGAAGCUAGGAGUGAUGCAGUCGUUGCGCGGUCUCACUGUGGUCAUUUCUAUGUUCCUCCUGCUGUUGAAGAUGUGCGCGUUUUUAGAAUUUCCGGCCCCAAGUUUCUUAAGCUUAACCGUGGAACCUGGCAUGCGGGACCUCUGUUUAAGGCAGACAACAUGGACUUCUACAAUUUAGAACUCAGCAAUACUAAUGUUGUGGAUCACACAACACACAAUUUCAUCAAGGAGAAUGGAGUGCUGUUUUCGAUCCAUGAGUAGAUUUAUACUAGUUUCCGUCUCUGUGUUUCAACUUUUGAAGAAGACAUUUCAUGUAUUAUGGAGGCCAGUGACUGCCUACUUAAAUAAAGCAUAUGAACACCUAAUAAAAGGAACUUGUUGCAAAAGAAUUGGAAUAAUUUGAUUA